AUGGUCCACAAAGACAAUGUUCUGCUUUUUACUGGAGUAGCAACUGGAGUCCUAAAAGCUUAUAAGAAGCUCCAGCGGCAGCGCCGCUUAGGGAGGGUCGGAGGCGGGAAGGCGAUAGCGGAUAUCGACAAACUCAACAUCGACAGCAUCAUCCAACGGCUGCUGGAAGUGAGAGGGUCCAAGCCUGAUAAGAACGUCCAGCUCCAGGAGAAUGAAAUUCGAGGCCUGUGCUUGAAGUCCCGCGAGAUCUUCCUCAAUCAGCCUAUCCUGCUGCAGCUGGAAGCACCACUCAAGAUAUGUGGUGACAUCCACGGGCAGUACUAUGAUUUGCUCCGACUUUUUGAGUAUGGUGGUUUUCCACCAGAAAGCAACUACCUGUUUCUCGGGGACUAUGUGGACAGGGGCAAGCAGUCCCUGGAGACCAUCUGCCUCUUACUGGCCUACAAAAUCAAGUAUCCCGAGAACUUUUUUCUUCUCAGAGGAAACCACGAAUGUGCCAGCAUCAAUAGAAUUUAUGGCUUUUAUGAUGAAUGUAAAAGAAGGUACAACAUUAAGCUCUGGAAAACGUUCACAGACUACUUUAACUGUUUGCCGAUAGCUACCAUCGUGGAUGAGAAGAUAUUCUGCUGUCAUGGAGGUUUAUCACCAGAUCUUCAAUCUAUCGAGCAGAUUCGGCGAAUUAUGCGACCAACUGACGUCCCAGAUCAAGGUCUUCUUUGUGAUCUCUUGUGGUCUGACCCCGAUAAAGAUGUCUUAGGCUGGGGUGAAAAUGGCAGAGGAGUGUCCUUCACAUUUGGUGCUGAAGUGGUUGCAAAAUUUCUCCAUAAGCAUGAUUUGGAUCUUAUAUGUAGAGCCCAUCAGGUGGUUGAAGACGGAUAUGAAUUUUUUGCGAAGAGGCAGUUGGUCACACUGUUUUCUGCGCCCAAUUAUUGUGGAGAGUUCGACAAUGCAGGGGCCAUGAUGAGUGUGGACGAGACGCUCAUGUGCUCUUUCCAGAUUUUAAAGCCUGCAGAGAAAAAGAAGCCGAACGCCACCAGACCUGUAACACCACCAAGGGGUAUGAUUACAAAGCAAGCGAAGAAAUAG